GAAGAGAGAGAGAGAGAGAGAGAGAGAGAGAGAGAGAGCGGUAAAGAGAGAGAGAGCGGGGGUUUUCGUGAGAGGCGGCGGAGACGAAGGGUGGCGAUGGAGUUGUCUUCUAGGGUUUAGGGUUAGGGUUUUGGGGAGAAGAUAAAGAGGGAAGGGGAACCCUCUUGAGUUUUUGCAUUCGUUUCCAUGGCGCGCCUCGACAAUCCCUUCGCGCUCCUUGACGACGACGACGCCGGAGACGACCUCUCCGCCCUUGUCGCCAAGGCAGAGGCCAAGAUUUCGCCUCCUCCCACGGCGGCGACGGAGCGACCGAAGCCCAAGGCCGCGCCCGGUGCGUUCCCUUCCAAACCCCCCCCACCCUCCCAGUACGCAAGGGAAGAGAGGGGUAGGGAAAGAGGCGGCCGCGGAAGGGGUACCGGAAGGUUGGGGUAUGGAUCUGGUGCUGCGGAUGAUGAUGGGAGAGGGCGCUACGGUAACGGGUAUUCGAGGGGUUAUGGCUACGAUUCCAAUGGCCGUGGGCGGGGUGGAAGAGGUGGCGGGGGGAGGGGUAGGGGAAGGGGCUUCUAUGAAGAACAAGGACCCCUCAGUAACCAGGGCCGAACUGGGGAUGCUUUGAAUGAGAGACAAGAAGCCAGAAGCCCUCCCAAGUAUGAGAACGGGAAGUCUGGCGAGGAGAACAAUGGCCAAGGCCGCUGGGAGGAGAGGGGUUAUGGUUAUGGUGGUGAUUACCGUCGGUACAGAGAUGGUGAGGGGCAUGAUGGAAGGGGUUACUACGGCGGUGAGAAUCGCGGCUUUAGAGGCGGAGAAGGGCGUAGGUAUGGCCUGCGCGAUGGGGCUGGGAGAAGGAAUGGUGGGUAUGGAUAUGAAAAUAAAGGCGAACCUUUUGCCGAGAAGGAGAAAGCUGGGGAAGUUGCUGCUAAUGUUCGGACUGAAAAUGUUGGCGCUGCUGGCAAUAAUGCGUCAUCUGGAAGGGAGGCAAGCAGGGAGGCUUCUGAGAUAACUGAUGCACCGAAGGUUGUUGAACCUGAACAAUCUAACCCUAAGCCAGUGGAUUCUGAAGAUACUUCUGGAGAGAAGACUGCUGAACAAUUAGAGGAGGAGGAAGAGGCCAAAAAAAUGACACUCGCUGAAUACGAGAAGCUGGUUCAAGAGAAAAGAAAGGCUCUAGAGGCCUACAAAUCUGAGGAAAGGAAGGUGGUGGUUGAUAAGCAAUUUGAUGGCAUGCAGGUUAUCGAGAAAAAGAAAGAGGACGACCUUUCUCUCAAGCUGAAAUCUGAAAAGGACAAGAAGAAGAAGGAUGUUCUUGAAAAGGAAGAGAAAACUCGCAAGUCUGUGACCAUCAACGAGUUCUUAAAGCCAUCUGAUGGUGGGACUUACAGAGGCCGUGGGCGUGGGCGCGGCCGUGGUGGAUACAGAGGCGGCUAUUCUGGGCGUGGUCGCCGUGAGUUUGUGCCAAGCAUUGAUGAUGCUGCCCAUUUUCCGGCGCUAGGGCAGAAUACUGCUACAAAGGCAGAGCCUGCUGCGAAGGCUUAAGUUUUGAUAGUUUGCUAGGUUUUUAAUUUUUUAUUUAUUUCCCCCCUUCUCUUUCCUAUUUUUUUUUUCUUUUCCUUUUUCUUUGUUUUUUCCCUCUCUCAGAGCCUUCUAUCAUCAUGUUUUGGCCUUGGAUACUAUUCUUCUGCUUGAUUUUGUUUUUAUCAUUGGAGUCCUUAGUCAUUUAAGUUAUUAACAGUUUCUGCUUUUCUACUAUACAACUUGUAUCGUUGCAAUUAGCUUUUUAUCAUAGAUGAUCGGUUGUCAUGAAGGGCUUGUGCUGAUGUGCCUAUCAAUUAUUUUUGGUUUAUAUGAUUUUGUAUACUUA